AUGUUCUCCAUCAGCCGCCAUGCCCAAACCCUUAAAACCCUAGCUUCCUCCUUUACCCAGAACCGGACUUACGUUGGCGUUUACAUGAAAUGGAAGAAAGAUGCUUACUUCGACAACAUCGAACACAUUCUCCGCUCUUCUCAGCUCAAAUCCGUCCUCGCUCUCAAGAACUGUAUCGCCCAGGAUCCCGAUCGCUGCAUCCCGAUCUCCUCCGUCUCCAAGAAGAUGCUCCAGUUCGAUGUCUCGGUUAAAAUCGCCAAGUUCUUAAGGCAGUUUCCAUCCAUCUUCGAGGAGUUCGUUGGUCCAGAGCACAAUCUCCCCUGGUUUAGAUUGACACCAGAAGCUGCAGAGCUCCACAGGGAAGAGAAGCUCGUUUACCAAAACUCCGCCGAGGAUUUGCGUCAGAGGUUGAGGAAACUGAUUCUGAUGAGCAAAGACAACGUCUUGCCGCUGAGUAUUGUUCAAGGCAUGAAAUGGUACCUGGGUUUGCCAGAUGAUUACCUUCAGUUCCCAGAGAUGAAUCUCGACUCUUCGUUUAGGUUUGUGGAUAUGGGAGAUGGAGUUAAAGGUUUAGCUGUAAACUAUAAUGGAGAAAAGAUUCUGUCUGUGUUGCAGAAGAAUCAAGGAGACGAUUCAGAAAUUGGGUUUCCUCUGUUUCCAUCGAAAGGUUGUAGAUUGAGAGUAAAGAUUGAAGAUUGGUUAAAAGAGUUUCAACAGCUUCCUUAUGUUUCACCGUACGAUGAUUAUUCUCGUUUGGAUCCAUGCAGUGAUGUAGCAGAGAAGAGAGUCGUUGGGUUUCUUCACGAGCUGCUCUGCCUCUUUGUCGAUCACUCAGCGGAGAGGAAGAAGCUCUUAUGCCUCAAGAAACACUUCGGAUUGCCUCAAAAGGUUCACAAGGCCUUUGAGAGACAUCCACAGAUCUUUUACUUGUCCAUGAAGAACAAGACCUGUACGGCUAUUCUCAGAGAGCCUUACAGAGACAAAGCCAGUGUAGAGACACAUCCUGUGUUAGCAGUAAGGAAGAAAUACAUUCAACUGAUGAAGAGCUCUGAGUUGAUUCUCAAGAGUAGAAGAAGUAGUAGUUACGGGUUUUCUAACGAAGGUAUUGUAGAGAGAGAUUUGGAUUUGGAUUUUGAAGGAUAA